CAUUAGCACAGCUUUGACAAAGCUAGCUUAGCUUUACUAUGGACACAGCACUUGGCCAUUGUCUCGCCCAAAGUCAGCACACUAUUAUAAACGUUUUCACAGUUAAAGUAAUCAGUUAAUUGGUGUCGGGAUGGGGUUUAGACUGUCUCAUAAUUUCGCGUAUUAACCCAACGUCUCUUUGUGGCUGAUAUGGAACAGCCUUCUGACAACUCAGACGGUUUACAGCCUCAGGAACUCUCCUCUGCCUGCAACCUUCCUCGUGUGUUUGAGCUGACUAAGAACAGUGAAGAAUGUCUGUUGAAAACCAACUCGAUAGAGGCCUUGCGUGUUGUUCAGCCACCAGGCUGGUAUUUGAGUUCUGGGAUGAGUAAUGGGUCCGUGCUUCCGGAAGACGAGACUGAUCCUUCCCUGCAGCCCAGUGAGCAGAUCCAGCCAGACAAUGCACUUUCCAACACAACGGUUACACUUUCCUAUGUGACCAGGUCCCACGUCUUUUCUGCCCAUGACUCACUCUCGCCGCAUUCACAGAUUUACAGUGUUCCAAUAAGUAAGGCGUUUUCUCUCCACCCCACUGCCUAUGAUGCGAGCCAGCUGGUCAGUGAUGCAGGCGGAGCACCUCUUUGUGUGGAAAUGGACCAACACUGCCUGCAGCAGGUGUCUGUGCCUGUUGGUUUAGCCACCUGUGCCAGUUCAUUUGAUUUUGUCACACCAGCACAGGUUGUGGAGAAUGUUGCAAGUCUCUGUUAUCUUCAGCAGGCACACAACAUCGCUGGCAUACAAGAUGUCGAGAGCCUUGCUUUGGAGACGCUCAGGUCUUUACAACAGAGCAACCCGGCUGAAUGCAAGAUUCCUCUCAACCUGGACGAAAUUCAGAACGGCGCCGUUGGCAGCUUAUGGAACACAGGCUCUAUUGAUGGGAGCUUUCCAGCUGGCCAUGUUGAGAACAUGGUGGAGCAACACAAGAACGGUAACCCAGAAGUAUUUUUCCUGAUCUCCAGAACUGAUGAACCGGUUCUUUUACAGAAUGAUCAGGAGCCUGCAGGUCUUGCUGUGUCACUAAAUCAAGAGUUUAUAAAUGCCCUGGAAGAUUCUGUCUCACCCUCCUUUGCCUCACUGAUUGGGGUAAAGGAUAUUUCCAUUCUGCCCCAGACUGCAGGAUCUCAAAGUGAAGAGUUUCCUCUUGCUGAGGAAACAAACACUCGGCAAGAUGAAUUAAGUAAUGCAGAAUAUGAUCCUUUCACAAGCAUGGAAGAGAGAGCGUCCUCAUCUGCCGCUGAUGUAUUAAAUACCACCAUUAGUAGUGAACUAACAGAAAGUACUGUUGACACGUUUGCGACAGAACAGUCUGAACAGAGCAGGGCAUUAUCUGAGGAACAGAAAGUGGAGACACACGUGCAUAAUGUGACACACAAAAAACCACAUUUGCCUCGAAGUUUGUUUGCCAAAAAGGAAACACUAGUAAGAAAAGAACUUCCCCCAAGAACAAGAAGAGGGAUGAGGUUAGAGGCCAUUGUUCAGAAUAUCUUCCCUUCCAGGUACAAAUCCAGUCAUAUCUCUUCUGGAAAAAAAAGUCGCCGUUCCGACACCCGGCCAGCUGAGACCACUCAUCCAGGGUCUAGCCAAGAUGCGAAAAUUGGCAACAUCAUUUUAGAGGAGGGGUGUCCUCCGAAGGUUGGGACUGAAACUAAAGAAAAGACUGCUCUAUUACAGGAAGAAACGGAUGUCGCCGAUUCAAGCAAAAUAUCUACCUCAUGUUUUGAAACUGUUUCAAAACAUUCACUAGCUAACUCGUCCCCAGGGAUGGCGCACAAACCUGUCACGUGUGUCAAGAAAUCAAAGCGACAACAGAAUUUUUCAAACAAGUCGCCAGUAAGGGUAGGAAAAAGGACUGCACUGCCUACAUCCAAACAUACAAAAAGGCCUUUAAAGCAACAGACUUUAACUAUGAGCAGCAAAAGUUCAUUAAGAGUGAAAAAAGCUCACACCCCUAAAAAGAAAAGGAGAAAGCAUAACGUGGGGCAGUCUUCCAUGUUUUCUCCCAAGGAGCCGGAAAUAAAGCUCAAAUACGUCAGCUAUAAAGAAGAGAAAAGGGAAAAGCGAGAUGAGACCUUCUCACCUUUUGUACAUGUAGAACUGAAAGCAUAUCCUACCUGUACAGUAAUCAACUACCCGGAUGAGAGCGCCAGGCUGAGCCGAGGGAAGCAGCCUACAGCAGUUGCGUCAGGGAAAAUGCCCACUACACCAUGUCUGCAGUAUGGCCGCAUCUCCAUGGAGAGCACAUGCUGGGACACUCUUGUGUGCUGCCUUUGUGGAGGCUCUGCUAACGCUAUGGACCUGGGUGAUUUGCACGGACCCUACUAUCCUGAGGGUUUCAGGCCUGAAACAAGGCUGCCUGCCAAUCCACAGGAGCCAAGGGAGGAUGAUUCCAGCGACUCGGAUUCAUCAAGCAGUCAGACUCGAAAGCCACAUCACAAGCUGCAGGCAGCUGCUCUAAGGGCCUAUCAAAGAUGGAGCAGUGGUGGUGGGCUUUUCUGCAACCCUGCAGCUAAGAGACCCAGAACAGACACUGUGACAGACUGGUAUGCCCCGCCCAUAGUGCCCUUAGAAGCCAGCGAGUACUGGCUCCACGAAGACUGUGGCAUAUGGUCAGCUGGGGUCUUUCUUGUGAGAGGGAAGCUUUACGGGCUAGAGAGAGCAGUGAAGAUGGCAAAAGAGACGAUUUGUUCCUCUUGCCGUAAAAUGGGAGCCACAUUGGGUUGCUUUUUCAAAGGCUGCCCUAACAAGUAUCACUACACAUGUGCAAUGCAGUCAGGUUGUGUCUUAUAUGAGGAAAACUUCUCAAUGAAAUGCAGAAAGCACAAGAACAAAUCCAUCAAGGGUGUAUCAUCUAACAAACAGAACAGCAGGUGACAGGGGAAGAAGAUGCUGCACAAGAACCAGAGUCCUGUCUGUAGUUCAGCCUCCAGCCUGCCACGCUUGGAGACCAAGGGCAACUGACGGAAAAGCCUCUCUGGGACUCAGACACCACAUACCUUAAUGCUUUCUCCUGCCAUUUCACUGUCACUAACUUCUCUUCCAAACGUCAGCCACACCGACUGAUUUCAAACGCAUCAACUCACCUUUUGCAUGCUUGUGGCUGUUUACAGCUGAACCCUGUUAUCUGAAAAGAUCCUCAGUGAAGUAUCCUUAAAGACAGUGGGAUGUAAUCUACAACUAGUCUCUCUCUCCCCUCUCUUUCUCUCUCACUCUUUCUGUCUCUGUUCCCCCUUCUGUCUGUCUGUCUGUCUGUCACCCCCUCUCUUGCUCACUCUUUGUCUGUCUCUGUCCCCUGUCCGUCGUUCUCUCUUGCUCACUCUUUCUGUCUGUCUCUCUUUCUCUCACUCACUCUUUCUGUGUCUGUUUCUGUCCCCCUUCUGUCUGUCUGUCACCCCCCUCUCUUGCUCACUCUUUGUGUCUGUCUCUGUCCCCAUCUGUCUGUUUCUCUCUCUUUCUCUCUUGCUCACUCUUUCUGUGUCUGUCUCCAUCUCCCCUGUCUUUGUCUCUCUCUCACUCACUCUUUCUUUGUCUGUAUCUGUCUCCCCUGUGUGUCUCUCUCUCUCCCCUCUCUUUCUCUCUCACUCUUUCUGUGUCUCUCUGCCUCCCCUUCUGUCUGUCUGUCACCCCCUCUCUCGCUCACUCUUUGUGUCUGUCUCUGUCCCCCGUCUGUCUCGCUUUCUCUCUCGCUCACUCUUUGUCUCUGUCUCUCUCUCACCCACUCUUUGUGUCUGUCUCUGUCCCCCCCUCUGUCUGUCUGUCAUCCCCCUCUCUCGCUCAUUCUUUGUGUCUGUCUCUCUCUCACUCUUUCUCUCUCACUCUUUGUCUGUCUGUCUCUCUCUCUCACUCACUUUCUGUGUCUGUCCCCAUCUGUCUGUCUGUCUCUUUCUCUCUCGCUCACUCACUCUUUGUGUCUGUCUCUGUCUCCCCCCUCUGUCUGUCUGUCCAUCUGUCUCUCACUCCCCCUUCCCUCCCCCCAAAUCUCUGUUUCUCUUUACCUCCCCCCCUCUCUCUGGGAAGAUUUGCUCAAAAAGUAAUAAAGAGCAUAAACCAUUGGAAUAAAUUGCACAUUUAUAGGGCUCAAAGCAUAAGCCGUAUCUGCUCAAUCUAACCACAGCACAAAGCCAAUCUGUUAACCUUAUAAUUAAUUCAUGGUCUUUGUAGUGUAAUCACUUUGAACUUAUUUAUUACAUUUGGUUAAAUUCAAUUGUAAGCUUUUGGGUUUUCCUGAGCUGCAAGUGUACAUGUUAAUUUAAAAAAAAAAAAAAAGACUUGGCUCCUCCGUGGAAUUUUUUAUUGAUUUUGUAAAAUGUCUAAUCUAUUGCAACAAAUCUAAGUCAGCAGAUCAGUCAUCAAGGUGACAGACAUCAGCUGUUGAAUGUCAGUGUGGCAGUCGCCUGUCCUGUGUCAUUGUCAUUCAUUUGCAUCCAUUUUCAUUCUUAAUUUUUUUUAAUAUUUGAGAGUCAUACUCGCAGCCUUUCCUGUAUAUUUGUGAAUGUUGUUUCUUCCUGAAAUGAGGGAACUGCACUUCGGAGUUCAUCUUGUAUAUGUUAAAACCUGAGGCAACAGUAUUGUCCUGAAUUCUUCAAGCCCCAAAAUAUCCAGUCCCAACACUGCUUGAAAAUAAAGACAUGAUGAAAUAGUA